AUGGAUACGAACGUAAAGUCUAACCUGCCAUGGGUAGAAAAAUAUCGCCCGGCCAAACUAACGGACCUUAUUUCGCACGAGGAAAUCAUUGGCACAAUCAACAAAUUCAUCAAGGAAGAACAGUUACCACAUCUGUUGUUUUACGGGCCUCCAGGAACGGGCAAAACUAGUACUAUCCUUGCCUGUGCCCGACAGCUGUACAAACCGCAAUCCUUCGGUUCGAUGGUGCUCGAACUGAAUGCGUCCGACGAUCGUGGUAUCAACAUAGUGCGUGGCCAAAUUUUGGAUUUCGCUUCUACGAAAACCAUAUUCAAGGGUGGAUAUAAGCUGAUCAUAUUAGAUGAAGCCGAUGCCAUGACUAAUGACGCGCAAAAUGCGCUCAGGCGCAUCAUCGAAAAGUAUACGGAGAAUGUGCGAUUCUGCAUUAUUUGCAACUACCUCAGCAAAAUCAUUCCGGCCAUCCAGUCGCGCUGUACACGGUUCCGUUUCGCACCACUGUCGCCUGAUCAGAUUCUCCCCCGGUUAGAGCACGUUAUCGAAGCGGAAGGAAUCGACGUGACUGACGAUGGCAAAAAGGCACUCAUGACUCUAGCUGGUGGCGAUAUGAGAAAAGUGCUCAACGUCCUCCAAAGCACCUGGAUGGCGUAUAAAAAAGUGACGGAGGUGAACGUGUACAACUGCGUUGGGCAUCCUCUAAAAGAGGACAUCAAUGACAUUAUAUUCUGGUUGCUUAACGAGGAAUCAUUCAAAACAUGCUAUGAAAAAAUUCAGCUGCUUAAGACACAGAAAGGUUUGGCGUUGGAAGACAUUUUAACGGAGAUACAUUUGGUUGUUAAUCGAUUGGAAAUUCCACCACGAGUGUCCUCCCAGUUGCUAAUCAAUUUGGCAUCGAUUGAAGAACGGUUAGCAGAUGGGUGCGUCGAAAAGCCUCAGAUAACAGCUUUAAUAGCAGCGUUCAGCAAAGUGCGCAGUUUAGUUGUUUAG